AUGGCAUCCACCAUUGCCGAUGAGAAGCAGAUUCAUCAGGUUGACGCACAGCACGUCGAGCGUCACCACAGUGAUAAUGAGCUACAAAAAGUCUCUACUUUGGGUGUCGACUUGGAAAACAGGGACGCUGUGAAAGGAGACAACUCCGACGGGCAGAUAAACUGGACGACCAAGCAGAUUCUGGCCACAAUUUCCCUUUCUGCUCUCUAUGUUGGCUCGCAAAUUCCGCUCUAUUUCGUAGGCGGCAGCUUAGGAUAUAUUUCCGCCGACAUUGGAGGCGCAGAUGCAGCUGCAUGGCUACCUGUGGCUUAUGCUCUAUCUCUUGCAGCUGUUGCUCCUUUCUGUGGGUACCUCCAGGACUUGUUCGGCAGACGUAACGAGACACUGCUGGGAGGCCUGGUCUUGAUUGCUGGAGUAAUUGUUCUUGCGACGGCGAAGACUUUUGGACAAGGUGUGGUUGGUAUGUGCCUUGCUGGCGCAGGUGCAGCUGUUGGUGAGCUGACCGCUUUGGCUGGUACUUCGGAGCUCGUACCAGUCAGCAAAAGAGGUCUUUAUCUGGCCUUCGUCACAUUUUCGAUCCUUCCGUUCUGCCCUUACCUGAUGUACUCCGAACUACUCGGACACUAUCACACCUGGCGCUACUCGAUCUGGAUCUGCCUGAUUUGGAAUGCCUUGGCCUGGAUCGGCAUUGCUGUUUUCUACUUUCCAGAAUCUCAAACAAGAGCACAUGGCAGGAGCACUAGCGAUCUUCUCAAGAAGAUUGAUUACCUUGGUGGCUCGUUAUCGAUCGCCGGACUGACGCUUUUCCUCGUCGCAAUGCAAGCAGGUGGUUAUUCGCAUCCCUGGACGAGCGCCUACGUUUUGGUCACUCUGAUUGUCGGCCUUCUCUUGAUUGUUGCUUUCUGUGUAUGGGAAUGGAAAUUCGCUAAAUAUCCGAUGAUACCACAUGAAAUGUUUGCGGGACAAAAGAUCGUCGGCAUGGCAUUCGGUAUUGCCUUCGUUGCAGGCAUGAACUUCUACGCUCUGCUCAACUUCUUCCCCCUGAUGUUCUCCGCCGUAUUCGAACCAGAUCCAGUUCAGAUAGGCUUGAAGGGUCUCGCUCCAGCUUUCAGCACCACUUUCGGGGCAGUGUUCACUAAUGCUGCUCUGACGUGGUUCAAGGGAAAUAAUCGAGAACUCCUUCUUGCUGCCACAGUCAUAAUGACUGUAUUCGGUGGUUCCCUCGCUGCUGUAACUCCAGAGACUCCUAAGCUGGCAGUUGGUCUUGGCACGAUGGCAGGAUUCGGAGUUGGUGGAGUACUUGUCCCAGCUGCAACAAUCGCCAUUACUGUCACACCAGAUACUACCAUUGCUACAUGUGUCGCGCUAUCUCUAGCCAUCAGAACAAUCGGAGGCUCUAUCGGCUACGCUAUCUACUAUAACGUCUUCGUCAACAGGCUCACUCCAAGACUUCCAGCAUACGUGGGCGCAUACGCUGUCGAAGCUGGCCUACCAGUCGCAAGUGCCACAGAAUUUGUGACUGUCCUCCUGACGGACCCUUCCAAGAUCGCCACCGUACCCGGUGUUACAGCGGAGAUCAUCCAAGCUGGUGCGAUGGGUAGUCGAUGGGCCUACGCAGAGAGCUUACGAAACGUCUGGUUGGUGAGCAUUGCUUUUGGUGGCUGUGCUAUUGUUGCUUGCAUAUUCCUGGGGAAUAUUAGCAAGUACAUGACCAACAGAAUCGCGGCUCAUGUCAAAUAG